ACUUAAAAAUCCCCGCAAAUGGAUUUGCACAAGAUAGUAAAUAGCUCGACGUUAAAGAGCUUAAGAUGAGUAUAUUCGCUAGAAAGAAGAAAGUUCCUAAUGCCAUCAGAAUCGAAUAAAGUAAAUGAAGUCUCAGGGCUUAAGAAGACGCACAGGGUUUUAGCCAAAGCGAGGGUUUUGCUGGUGGAAAUCACUGAACUCCAUUUUCAGAACCCAUGAGAGAUUGAAUUACGACCGACAGAAUGAAGAAUUUGAAGGUUUUUAAGGAGUUUAUAGCUAAUGUGAAGCUGCAAGACCAGAACGAAGAGCUCUUGAUUUCAGCUCUAGAUGUUGAGAACAAUCGACUUUUCUUUGCUUCUUCGGCGAACAUUAUCUAUGGAAUAAACCUUUCUGCAGCGCAUGAAACACAGUGGACAAUAGACUUAUGCUUACCAUCACAAGGGGCUCUGGGAUUGGAAAUAGAAGACCAGAUCACUGGAAUGGAUUAUCGAAUAGAGCAAGAGGCAUUGAUAUUGGGGACUUCAGCUGGAGAUCUUUUGUUGGUCAAUCCUACUUCCAGGACUGUGGAGGUGGUUGGCAGGAUAGAGGGUGGAGUAGAGACCAUAGCUUCCAGCCCAGAUGGAGCACUUCUUGCUGUGGCAACUGGUUUUGGGCAGCUAUUAUUAAUGACUCAGGAUUGGGAAGUACUGUAUGAAGUAACACAUGAUCUGGACCAUAAUUCGGAGACUGUGAUGUCAGAGAUCGCAGAAGAUGGAUUCACUGGUUCCUCCAGAUGCUUAAAUAAAGUGAGAAUUUCUUGGCGAGGUGAUGGUAAAUACUUUGCCACUUUGGGAGGACCAAGAAUCUCGGAAGGUUUGCAAAGACUCAGAGUCUGGGAAAGGGAGUCUGGGACAUUGCAUUCCUGUUCGGAACCUAAGAUUUUCAUGGAUGCAGCUAUGGAUUGGAUGCCCAGUGGAGCAAAAGUAGCAGCUGCAUGUAACAGAAGCAAAGAUGAAAAAAUUCCUUCUGUAGUUUUCUUUGAGAAAAAUGGACUGGAGAGAAGCUCAUUUGAUUUAUAUGGGCUAACAGAAGCCAAAAUUGAGAUGUUGGCGUGGAAUUGCAACUCAGAACUGCUGGCUACAUUGGUGAGAUAUGAAGAGUGGUCUAGCAUUCAAGUUUGGAGUUUCAGCAAUUAUCACUGGUAUCUGAAACAAGAGUGGAGGUACAUGGGCAAGAACAAGUUGAAGUUCAUCUGGGAUCCUGAAAGACCCAUGCAGUUUAUUUAUUGGACUUCCUGUGGGUCAGUCCACCAUUUACAUCUCUGCUGGGACAGUGCUGUCUGUGACGACUCUACAGCCUUGGUCAUUGAUGGCAUGAAUUUGCUUGUUACACCUCUAUCUUUGUCUGUUGUGCCUCCUCCCAUGUCUCUCUUCAAGCUCAAGUUUCAGUCUGCUGUUCAGAGUGUUACUUUUACUUCUAGAGGUUCCAAGUCUCACUUAGCUGUGGGACUCUCAGAUGGCAAUUUGAGUGUCGUGAAAUUUCCAGAAAUGAGUAUUUGGCAUGAAUUGGAAGAUGUUGUAUACAAUAGUCCAAUUGUUGAUAAGAACAGUCUUCAAAUAGAGUUUGGCAACCUUAGACAUAUGACAUGGAUAGAUUCUAAUGUUCUUCUAGGUGUAUUGCAUUCUAACCGUGAUCAGGUUUGUCUAUAUUCAAAUUUUACAUCUGAUAACUGGAGACAGUCUCCUUCAAUGAAUGAUAUAAAUAACGAAGUGAGUAUACUUGUGGAAAUUGAACUUGUUUGUGACAAGGUGGAGGAUGCAGGGUUCAAGUAUAUAUCAUCCAGUGGUUGGGUUGUCAAAUCAUAUAUGCAUACAGUUAUGCAGAGUCCAAUAGUAGCCAUUGCUGCAAAUCAUAUGAAUAAAUCUACAGCAUUUGUUCAACUUAGAAAUGGUUCUGUCGUUUUAUACACAUCAAAAGAGGGAAUAAAUAUGCCAUCGACAGAGUUGUACAAAGAGAGACCAAUUAGCUUAAAGGGAUUUUUGUCUUUUUGCCCAUGGAUGCAUGCUGUUUCUGUUUAUGAUCGAGGGAAUGUGAAGGUUUUGUUAUUUGGACUUGAUGAAGACGGAAAAUUACAGUUGAAUGAUCGUAUAAUUUGUAGUGACUGCACUAGUUUUGCAUUUUAUGCAAGUGCUGCAGGCAUUGCACGCCAAGUGGUUACUCAUCUUGUCUAUGUGACAAGAAAGGAUCUGCUCUUUGUUGUAAGUGUUGAUGAAAUAUUACAUGGAGAUGGAUCCCAUGAAUCCAUUGUAACUGUAGAGUCACAAAGAGCUUCUCAAAACAGACUUCAAGGUGGGAUGAACAAUAUCAAGGAAGAAAUCUCCAAUGGGAUCAAGGUAUGGGAAAGAGGUGCAAAGUUGAUUGGUAUCAUAAAUGGAGAUGAAGCUGCAGUAAUCUUACAAACAGUUCGUGGAAAUUUGGAAAGCAUUUAUCCCCGAAAAUUGGUUCUAAGAGCCAUUGCUGGUGCACUGGUGGAAAGGCGUUUCAAAGAUGCUGUUUCUUUGGUCAGGCAACAUAGGAUAAAUUACAAUGUAAUAGUUGAUUACUGUGGCUGGAAAACUUUUGUUGAAGCUGCUUCUGAAUUCGUUCGGCAAGUGGACAAUUUAAGUCAUAUCACAGACUUUGUGUGUGCUUUAAAGGAUGAAAACAUUAUGAAGACACUGUACAAAAAUGUUUUAUUGCCAUUUUCCCCAGAUGGCAAGAUAGGUCUUGGCACACCAAUUCUCAUAACAAAUACGAAUCCAUCUUUUGAAUGUAAUAAUCAAAUUAUAAAGAGAGUUGCACUAUUAGAUGAAAAUAUGGAGGCAAUGAAUAAGGUACCAGCUGUUCUGGAGGCUGUAAGAAAAGCCCUUGAAGAACAGGUUCUGAAAAGCCCUGCAAGGGAAUUGUGCAUAUUGACUACAUUGGCUUGCAAUAAGCCUCCACAACUAGAAGAAGCAUUAAGAAGAAUUAAAAAGUUGCGAGAAGUUGAAAUUGCAACUAAAAUGAAUGAUGGAGGUGGUGCAUCUGAUAAAUCAAAUCCAAGUUCAGAAGAAGCUUUAAAGCAUCUUCUUUGGUUGUCAGAUCCUGAAUCUGUAUUUGAAGUGGCAUUGGGACUGUAUGAUUUGCAUCUUGCUGCCAUUGUUGCCCUGAACUCACAGCGUGAUCCUAAGGAGUUUCUUCCUUUCUUACAGGAACUUGAACAGAUGUCACCUUUGAUUAUGUGUUAUACUAUAGAUUGCAAGCUGCAUAGAUAUGAGAGUGCCUUGAAGAAUAUUGCUGCAGCAGGAGAUGAAUAUUUUGGUGAGUGCUUACAGCUAAUUAAGAGCAAUCCAAAAAUUUUUCGUCUUGGAGUUAAUAUGUUUAAAGAUAGUGGAAAGAAAUCAGUUAUUCUGGAAGCUUGGGGGGACCAUUUAGUCAGUGAAAAAAAAUUUGAAGAAGCUGCUAUGGCAUACUGCAGCUCUUGUUCUUUUCACAAAGCUUUAGGGGCAUUGCGCACAGGUGGUCUGUGGAAAGAAGCACUAACAAUGGGAGGUAUGUUAAGGCUUACAGCUGACGAGAUGUCAAAUUUAGCCAAUGACCUUUGUGAAGAGCUUCAAGCUCUAGGAAAGCCAGCAGAUGCUGCAAAAAUUGCAUUAGAUUACUGCAAAGACAUUCAAAGUGCUAUUAAUUUGCUUCUAACUGCUCGAGAAUGGACAGAGGCUUUAAGGAUUGGUUUUUUACAUGGCACAGGAGAAUUGGUAGAAUCUAAGGUAAAAAGUGCAGCUAUUGAGUGCGCAAAUGCACUCAUAUUAGAAUAUGAAGAAGGUUUAGAGAAGGUAGGAAAAUAUUUAGCCCGUUAUUUGGCUGUCCGCCAGCGACGUUUGCUUCUUGCAGCCAAGCUGCAGAUGGAGGACACGACAAAGGAAGAUUUAGAUGAUGAUACAGCUUCAGAAACCAGCAGUAACUUAAGUGGAAUGAGUGCUUACACCUUUGGGGAUGGUGAGGGAUCAAACGCAUCUACUUCCCCAAGCAUGCUGAGCAGAGGAGGCCGUGUAAGGACAAGAAUACGAACACGUCGUAAAGCUCAUGGAGCAAAAAUUCGUGCUGGCAGUCCCGGAGAGGAGUUUGCUCUUGUGGAACACUUGCAAAGCAUGGCCCUAAACAGUCGUGCUCAAGAGGAACUGAAGAUGCUCUUGCAAGUGUUGUUAUUUCUCGGAGAGGAAAAACUUGCUAGAAAGUUGGAAAGCAUCGGAGUGCGAUUCCAAUCUUGUCAGCAAGCUGCUGUUGAAGAAGCUGAAAAUAAAUUAGCUGAAGAUGAAGCAGGAAAUACUGCGUCACUCCAGAUGGAUAAUCUAAGUAUUUCAAAAAAGAAGCAGGGAUUAAUGGACAGGCAAUGUUGGCAAUGGGAAGUGCUACUGCCUCCUUAAUCUGAAACUUGCCAAUCACUCUCCCCUCACAGGGUCAUAUGAUUUCUGAUAUUCUUUGUAAGUAGACAUGAAUAAUAUUUUUGGAAUUUCUCAAUUAAAUUGCAGAAAAUUCCCAUGACUAGUUGACAAAUGAAUGUUUUUGAUUCAUACAUUCUGUUGGCAGCGUACCAUACUUUCGCUCAAGAAUACAUCUUUCUUAUGAUACAUCUAGAGAAUACGGUAGAGAUGAAAUGUGAAUCAGGAGGAUCUGGGACACACAAGUGCAUAACUUCAUCAGUGUGAAGACUUGCCUUUUGUAGAUCCAUUAGCAAUUUUGUUGUGUAGCAUCCCUCCAGCUACUACAUAAAAGCCAAGCAAAAACUAGGCUGAUUUUUUUUCUUUUUGAAAAUGUCUUUGCAAUUUUAUCUCCAAUACCAAGCAGACCUGACUAUUUUCACGAA